AUGCCCGCGUUGAAGCGGCUGCUGAGAGCCAGGCUGGGCUGCCGCCGCCGCCCCGCCGCGCAGUGCCUCUUCUGGGGAGCGUGCUGGGCGGUAGGGGGCGGCCUCUUCGCCUUCUUCUUCUUGGCGCACGGGGGCGUCUUCUCCGGCCGGUGCACGGACGAGCAGAGUCGCCGGAUCCUGGCCAAGCUGUGUUUUGACUACGGGACGGGCAUGUUGACUGGGGAUCUUUGUGAAGACUUAUGUGUGGCCCAGACUUUGACCUAUAAACGCUGCCUUUAUUAUGACCAGGGGAAGAAGGUCAUCCAAGCUGACUGGAGAGGCCGCCCUGUGAUCCUAAAAUCAAAAAACGAAAUAUUCUCUAGCUACCGUGGUCUUGGAUUUUUGGAAGAAAUGGAAUCACAGGGAAUUCCGGAAACAGAGCUGCUUCUGAUGGUUGCUUUGGAAGUCAAGAACACCUUGGGUUUGGAACUUCCUAACAAAACUGUGGGACCUUUGUGGAAGAAAAGAGGCCCACAUUGGAAAGCACAGCUGGCUAGUUUGUGGUCUUUACUUCAACAGGAAGAGUACAUUUAUUUUAGUGUUUUGCAGGACAUCAGUAAACACGUUCUAAGGGUGAUUGGUUCUUGUGGCCACUUUUAUGCGGUGGAAUAUCUGACAGCUGGACACGCCUGGCACAGCACCCUUUUCUCCGUGGAAGAUGCUGUUGGUGCUUCCCUAUCUGGGAUUAAACACAAGGCCAAAGCCAUAAUCCAAAUUGCAAUCAGCUUCUUGGAUAUGGUGAAUCAUUUUGACAACGACUUUUCUUAUCCUCUUCAUCUCUGUGAUAUUAAGCCGGAAAAUUUUGCCAUCCGGAAUGAUCUGACG